AUGUCGGAACACGAGUGGCAAGCUCCUGGCCCAACUGAUAAAAGGUCUGCAUGUCCUGCAUUAAAUACUUUAGCCAAUCAUGGAUAUUUGCCUCGAGAUGGCGAAAAUAUUACAUCACAACAAUUAAUUAAAGCUCUUCAAGAUGUCUACAACUUAUCAGGUGCUCUUGCCACUAUGGCUACAUAUAACGGUGUGGUUACGACUGGAUUAUUGUUUCAAAAAUCUUUCAAUUUAGAACAAAUAUCAAAACAUAAUGCAUUAGAGCAUGAUGCUUCUCUAACUCGAAAAGAUAAAUAUUUUGGCGAUCCACUCAAAGUUGAUCACGAAUUGGUUGAUAAAUUCCUUGAACAACAAGUUGAUGGGAAAAUUACCAUGGAUUCAGCAGCAAAAUAUAAUCGAAUUCGUGUAAAUAAUUCAAAAGAAUUUAAUCCUGAAUUUACAUAUGGAUUUAUGCAAAAGGUUCUUUCUGCUAAUGAAGGAGUAAUGUUGUUAAAUAUUUUUGGUGCUGCUACAAAUGGUGAAAUUGAUAUUGGAUUAUUGGAAGCAUUUUUAAAACAUGAAAAGAUACCUGAAGGUUGGCGAAAACCCGAUAAAGCAGUUGCACCUUUUGAUGUCUUUGGUAAAGCUUUUGAAAUCAUGAAAAAGUAUGAUGAAAUAGAUAAAGAGCAAAAGAA